AUGGUCAGCUCCUGUUGUGGCUCUGUCUGCUCUGAGGAGGGCUGUGGCCAAGGCUGCUGUCAGCCCAGCUGCUGCCGUCCCAGCUGCUGUGUGUCCACCUGCUGCCGUCCCAGCUGCUGUGUGUCCAGCUGCUGCAGGCCCAGCUGCUGUGUGUCCAGCUGCUGCAGACCCAGCUGCUGCCAGUCUGUGUGCUGCCAGCCCACCUGCUGUCGCCCCAGCUGCUGCAGACCCUCCUGCUGCCAGCCCAGCUGCUGCAGACCCAGCUGCUGCCAGCCCUCCUGUGGUGGUUCCAGCUGCUGCAGUCCUUGCUGCCAGCCCUGCUGCCGCCCCUGCUGCCGCCCCUGCUGCUGCCUGCGUCCAGUCUGUGGUCAGGUCUGCUGCCAGAGCACUUGCUACCGCCCCACCUGUGUCAUCUCCACCUGCCCCCGCCCCAUGUGCUGUGCCACCCCUUGCUGCCCUAGUAGCUGCUGCCAGCCCACCUGCUGCCAGCCCAGCUGCUGCAGACCCAGCUGCUGCAGACCCAGCUGCUGCCAACCCUCCUGUGGUGGUUCUAGCUGCUGCCAGCCAUGCUGCUGCCGCCCCUGCUGCUGCCUGCGUCCAGUCUGCGGUCAGGUCUGCUGCCAGAGCACUUGCUACCGCCCCACCUGUGUCAUCUCCACCUGCCCCCGCCCCAUGUGCUGUGCCACCCCUUGCUGCUAA